GGGGAGAAGUUAAUUCCGGAGGCUCAAUGAAAGCUGGUAGCCGCUCUCUUUCAAAGCCUCUUUGUGUUGGCUCCCGGGGAGACAACAGCAGGAGGUGAGGAAUUGCCAGGCUCAGUGUGGCUCAGGCAUCCCUGCCAGGGUAUUUUUUCGUGAGGGUGGAGAUGCAUAAAAUGGUAAGGGGCUGCCAGCUCAUGCACACACUGGGAAGAAGCUCCUUAGCUGCUUCGCUGCCUGCCUUAUGAAGCCAGGAGGUUGGCAUUAAAGCCGGAUUAUGCAUGGAGACCUGAGGAAAUAACGUUUGACAUGUCUUCCUCUACUGCCGGCUCCCAUAAGGUGGCCUUCCUGAGUGCUCUAGCCCUUGCCUGCAAGUAUGAAUCCCUGCCAUCACCUGUUGCAUUCUGUGCAUGUUCUGGGGAAGAGGGAAGUUCCCACCACCAUCACAGCCCAGGUCCCACAUUUUGGGUUUCACCAACUACAUUAUAUUUACUUGCUGGAAUUGUAGGGGCCUGUUGCGUUCUUCUCAUCCCCUAGAGAGAGACAGAGAGCAGCACAAGUGCACUGUAGGAUGGUGAGCUAAAAAAGAAAUGAACAAACUUAUCACAGUAACAGGCUGGGAAUUCCUGCCAAAAUAUGCUUACAAAGUUCUGCAAAUCGUCUCCUUCCAAGGUUAUCUGGAAGAAGCAGGUCCCUUGGCAUCUGUUCUAGGGACAGAUGUAAUCUUCCCCUCAAACGAGUUUCCUUUUAGAGUUGUCUAGCCUGUCCCUCUCUUGGGUAAUUCAGAAGAAAGAAGAAAAACUGGGUUGAAUAUAUGAGUGACCCAUUCAUCCAUUCCCACUUUUUAACAGUCAUAGAAUUGGGAGUGUCCUCAGAGUGAAGAAUGAAUCUGCUUAAUAUAUACUGGAAACAGGUUUUUCCUGACCUCAAAGUUUCUUUUGUCGGUCAGUUCCAGAGAUGAACUGAACUGCUUGUCAUGUGCAUUGGUACCUGUUUGUUUCAUGCCUUAAACUGGUUGCAUGAUAAGCAAAAAAAAAAAAAAAUCCAAGAGGCAGUUUUCCACAACAUGCAGCUAUGAUCAGGGAAGGGACCUCACCUGCUGAAUUUCCUCUUGUCAACAGCUAAAGAGAUUGUCUUUAAGGAACAUGACUACUUGAAUCAAAAUCUAUAAGAACGGUGCUGUGCCUGGUGAGACGGGUAAGCGAGAUGAGAACAUCAAGCGUGGCAACUGGGGCAACCAGAUCGAGUUUGUUCUCACGAGCGUUGGGUACGCCGUCGGACUUGGCAAUGUGUGGCGCUUCCCUUACCUCUGCUAUCGCAAUGGGGGAGGUGCUUUCAUGUUCCCCUAUUUCAUCAUGCUGGUUUUCUGUGGGAUCCCCCUCUUCUUCAUGGAGCUCUCGUUUGGACAGUUUGCCAGCCAGGGCUGCCUCGGCGUCUGGAGGGUUAGCCCCAUGUUCAAAGGUGUUGGGUAUGGUAUGAUGGUUGUGUCCAGCUACAUUGGAAUCUACUACAAUGUUGUGAUCUGCAUUGCCUUCUAUUAUUUCUUCUCAUCGAUGACACGGGUGCUACCCUGGACAUACUGCAACAACUACUGGAAUACAGCAAAUUGCACUGGGGUUUUGGACUUUACCAAUGGUUCAGCUGGCUCAUCACUCAACCUCACACAGAGCUUCAACCAGACGCUCAAGCGCACCAGCCCCAGUGAGGAGUACUGGAGGCGGUAUGUGUUGAAGCUGUCUGAUGACAUCGGAAACCUGGGUGAAGUGCGGCUUCCUCUCCUGGGCUGCCUGGGCAUUUCUUGGAUCGUUGUCUUCCUCUGCCUCAUCAAGGGUGUCAAGUCCUCAGGAAAAGUUGUAUAUUUCACAGCAACCUUCCCAUACGUGGUGCUGACAAUCUUAUUUGUGCGGGGGAUAACUCUUGAAGGAGCCACUACUGGGAUCAUGUAUUAUCUGACGCCACAAUGGGACAAAAUCCUCGAUGCUAAGGUUUGGGGAGAUGCUGCCUCCCAGAUCUUCUAUUCUUUGGGCUGUGCCUGGGGAGGGCUUAUCACCAUGGCAUCAUAUAACAAGUUCCACAACAACUGCUAUAGGGACAGCAUCAUCAUUAGCAUCACCAACUGCGCCACAAGUGUGUAUGCAGGCUUUGUCAUCUUCUCCAUUCUUGGCUUCAUGGCCAACCACCUCAGUGUGGAUGUUUCGAAGGUGGCUGACCAUGGUCCUGGCUUGGCAUUUGUGGCUUAUCCUGAGGCAUUGACACUACUCCCAAUCUCCCCUCUUUGGUCGGUUCUCUUCUUUUUCAUGCUCAUCCUGCUGGGACUGGGCACACAGUUCUGCCUCCUGGAGACUCUAGUUACAGCCAUAGUGGAUGAAAUAGGAAAUGACUGGAUCAUCCGUCGAAAAACCUUUGUCACUCUGGCUGUGGCUAUAGUGGGUUUUCUGCUGGGUAUUCCACUCACUACACAGGCUGGAAUCUACUGGCUAUUGCUGAUGGAUAACUAUGCAGCAAGCUUCUCACUUGUUGUUAUUUCAUGCAUCAUGUGUGUCUCCAUUAUGUAUAUCUAUGGGCACCGGAACUACUUCAAGGAUAUUGAGAUGAUGCUGGGUUUCCCACCUCCUGUCUUCUUCCAGAUCUGCUGGAGGUUUAUCUCUCCUGUUAUCAUCUUUUUCAUCCUUGUGUUCACAGUGAUUCAGUACCGGCCCAUCUCUUACAAUAUGUACGUGUACCCCACCUGGGCUAUCGCCAUCGGUUUCCUCAUGGCACUCUCAUCGGUUAUCUGCAUCCCCAUCUAUGCUGUGUUCUGUGUAUUACGCACUGAAGGGGACUCACUGCUGCAGCGCUUGAAAAACUGUACCCGGCCAAGCCGGGAGUGGGGUCCAGCCCUUGUGGAGCACCGGACAGGCCGCUAUGCACCGGCGCUCAGCUCCUCCACAGAGUCACAGCUGGAGGUGCAGUUGCUAAACCCUGAAAAGUCCAAGAGUGACGAAGCUGGCAUGGCUGUUGCCAUCACUGUCGGAAGCAAUGGCUCUACUCACAGCCAGGACUCCAAGAUCUGAACCUUAGCCUGGGAGGCAGGGCAGGGAGUCCUCCUUGCACCUCCCCUUUCCCACCUGCUCUGGUCCUCCAAACCUUACUCUGCUCAGAUAUAAGACAGCGCCCCACCACUGGGUGGGGGAGCCCUGGCUCCCAGGCUGUGCCGGACUCUGGGGGAGGGGGCUGUGAGUUCCUACCCCAUCCCACCUCAUUAGUGCCCCCUGUGCCAUCUUGUAACCCUCAUGUUUACAGUAAUGUUCAGAUGGCCCCAAUUCACAGCCAGGACCAGGAUCAGAGGCAGGGAGGGUGUGCACUGGCCGAAGAGUUGGGGGUGCCUUGAAGUGUAGCAGGAGUUGGGAGGAAAUAAGAGCCGCAUUGGCUCUGCAACGCUAUCAGGGUGGAUUCUGGCAGCUGCACCUGGACCCACGGGGUAGGGGUGGGGGUUCUGCAAUCUACUGGGGUAUAGUAUACCCCUUACUGCCCUGUAUCAGGUCUGUGGGGCCUGGUCCCACAGAGAAGCAAAUACAGAAUUGGGGAGGGAUGAGGGUAGAGCAUACUGAUAGUAGUUACAAAGUGAGAUUCCAGGCGAAGCUUAACCCUGGAUGAAGCGGCCCACAAUCCGGCUGCUGCUGCUGCUGGAGGGAUUCUUCCAGAGAUAUUCUGAAGCCUGCACACUACGCUCCAAAGUAUCUAUCUUCCCAGCUUCCUUACCUCUCUAGGAAAGGUGAGGAAGCUUUCCCAAAAGUAUCAACAUGCAGUUCCAGUGCUUCCCAUCAGAAGAGAUCUCUUGCUAGAAAAGACUGAAUGGGUUUGGCAGAUCAGUCAGCUGAAGAGCUCCAGCUGAGCUCUCCUUAACUAGAUUACAGCAGGAAAGCGAUGGGCUUAUCACUAUUCUAGGAACACAAGCAUGCACAAGACCACACCUUGAUUUCAAAUCUAGCCUUACUUGCACAUGCAUCCAGACUCUCUUCCUCUCUCGCACAUACCCACUGACAGCUAUACCUAUGAACACACAGCAUCUCCCAGCUAUACAAAUGCACAGCUGAGAAACUGGAAGCCCCAUUAAAUGUGAUUCAAACCUAGGGCAGUCCCAUAGGCUUGGAGUAGCACAUGCAAGCUGCUACCCACACUGUGCACAAGGUGUGCACCGUUGCUCUGCGGAGCAUCUUCUGGAUACUCAGCCAAGCCCUUUGCUCUUGGUACUGACCCUGUGGGAGAUGAUGCUUGAGCCCUGGGGUGUAGGAGUUUGGAAGCACUGUUCUACAUUCUUCCCCUCGAAGAGAAGUGACUGCAUUUGAAUGGAGUCUCUCUACUGACAGGGGAUCGUUGGGACCUAGCCCUGCUGCUUCCUCUAAGGAAAGGAGCAGAGCCAACCAUGGUGCUAAGAGCAGGUGAUGUGCCAAGACCUUUCAACACCAUUUGGGGGAAGCACAAAAGACAAAAAGCACAACUUUCCCUAAAUGUUAUCCCGAGCCAGGUCCAGACCCCGUGUGGCCCACUUCUCCAGUACUAGCAGGAGGUGAAAGCUGCUGGCCCCAUGCUGCCAGCAAGGAUGGGUUGGCCAGAGGCACUGGCACCAUAUCUGGUUGCCAAGACCUCACCCUAACCCCACAUUGGGCCCAUGCUGGCUCAGGUUGAUAUGACUUAUUCAUGGUUCUGUCUUCCAGCCUCGUCACCCCUUGUUUCCAUUUCAGUGUUGCUGCCUGCACUUUACCCCUAGAAAAGCCUGGGAGGAGGAGACAGGAGGCCAUGGCAGCCACUCUCUUGCCCUCGACCCCGUGGCAAUCCCAGGUCACUUACCAAUGCCAAACAGUGCAUGCAGGGGCCGCCCCUCAGCUCCCAGUCAUGCACAACUGCUGUGUGUAGCCAUGGUGCCAACAGCAAGGUUUCUACCCACGUGGUACCUGUCGCAGCCAGUGGCAUCGGUACAGUGGCCAGUGCUCAAGUGCCAAAUGUCUGCAUCACAAGCAGACAGAGGGGGGAACAGAUGGCUCCAUGCCAUGAUGGUACUUCAGCCCUAAGCCUCCAUCACCCCAUCCUUCCCUAUGCUAUGCCGAAGAUGCACUAUUUAAUGCAUGAUCCCAAGUCUGUCCUUCCCUCUCAUGCAGAAUGUGGCAACUCCCAUUGCCAUCUCAUCGAUCAUAGCAAUAAUUGUGACGCGUCUCCUCCCAUACUGUGACUUUCCCAGAUGUAGAUUUUUAAAGUCUGAUAGAUUUUAAUGAAAUUUAUAUUCCUCAA